AUGGGCAACCAAGCUGUGUCAGAGAGCUCUCACGCAGAGAAGAAAAGUCAAAACGGCCAUCCAGAAGGUGAAGAAGAUCUGGAGGUUGAAGGUGGAGACCCUCGACUGACAGUACUGGAGGCUGGGUACUGCCAGAGUGUCAGCCCAAACCCGAGGUCGACGGCCCAAGAGUCCAGAAAACAGUUUAGGAGGCUGUCCGCGCGGAAGGCAGCACAGAACGACACCAUUCAGGAGGGUGUCCACGAUGGCAAUGAGGUCCAGCCAUCGGCCUGGAAAGUGGCCGGACAGGACGAGGACAAGCAGGCUGGAGAGAACGAGGACAAGCAGGCCGGAGAGGACAAGGACGAGCAGACAGGACAAGGACGAGCAGGCCGGACAGGACGAGGUGAGGCAGGGCCAGACGGUGCAGACACCUCCGGCGUAGACAAAGCGGAACCAGCCCGUGCAAAGGCCUCAGGCAUAGACGAAUCAGGACCAGAUGGCAGCAUGGCAACCGCAGGCAACGAAACAGGAGGUGGCACUGCAGGCAAUGGCGUGGGAGCCGCAGAUGGAGGAGCAGGAGGAGGAGGAAAACUCCAGAAGUACCAGGCUCAGGAAGUGUCAGCCAUCUGCUGCCAGGUGGGGGUAAAGGGACAAAGAGAGCACAAAGAUAUGCUGUGGAGGAGAGUGAGAGAUUAA